AUGCGAUUGUCGUUCCUCCUCAUCACGAUACUUGGUCAAAAAUGUUUAGAUGCAACCGUUUCCGAAUAUCUCACCGAAGAUGACUUUUUAAGGCCACUUUCAGAUGACGUCACUUUUCUCACCGACGAGGAUUUCGCGAACGCCGAGAAACUCCGCAAUGAAACUAUACCAGCUUCAGUCACCCUUUCUCAACAGCCAUUUCACCGAGGAGACAUCCGGGGAAAAGCCGCUUGGAGACUAAAAACAAAGCGCAAAGGUGCUCGACGAAACGGAGUGAUUUCGGGGGUAAAGAAAUGGCCAUCUGGGAGAAUUCCAUACGUGAUUUCAAGUCAAUACAACGAAAGAGAAAGAGCCGUUUUGGCAAGGAGCUUUCAGGAGUAUCACAAACGAACGUGCGUCCGUUUUGCGCCAAGAAACGCCUUUGAUAAAGAUUAUUUAUAUAUUGGAAAAAUUGACGGGUGUUUUUCUGAUGUUGGUCGAGCUGGGGGAAGGCAAGAGUUGUCAUUGGAUGAUGGAUGUUUACAAUACGACACAGCCAUUCACGAGUUGAUGCACUCGGUUGGUUUCUAUCAUGAACACGAGAGAUGGGAUCGUGAUCAGCAUAUAUCAAUUCUAUGGCAUAAUAUUGAUCGAGAUGCCUACGAUCAAUUUGGGAAAGUUGAUUUAUCGGAGAGUUCCUACUACGGUCAACCAUACGAUUAUCACUCGAUUAUGCACUACGAUAGCCUGGCUUUCUCGAAAAACGGAUAUGAGACAAUGGUGGCUAAGAGAGCCGAGAUGACAUCGGUCAUUGGAAGUGCCAUCGAUUUCAGUCCGGUGGAUUUGGUGAAGAUCAAUUUGAUGUACGGAUGCACUGAGCAAUCACCGCUGACCGCCAUUUCUCCGAACACACAAAUCGCUCCAGCCGUCAUAUCGCCGGCUCUUCCCGUGUCGGUUGGUGGAGUGAAGCCGAUCAUCACUAGCUCCUCUCUCGGCUCGUCUUUUGGAUCUCUUUCUUCACUCACAUCCCUCGGUUCAUCAAUGGGAACUCUUGCCAGCACAUCGAUGUCUGGAGAUCAAGAAUGUCGCGAUCGAACGAAUCUCUGUUGGCGGUGGCUCGAUCGAUGCAAAUCGUUCUUUUUCGAGAAAAUCAUGAAAGAGUUUUGUGCGCUUUCUUGCGGAUACUGUACUCCGUUGUCCGUCUCCCCAAUGGCGAGCGUGGCUCGGGAAUCGCCGCGUCCUCUUUAUCAACGACUUGGA